AUGUCGUCGACCUCCCCCUCGAAGGAACCGGAGGUGGAACCGGAAGUUCAAUCGGGUGAAGACCAGGAACAAAUGGACAAAGACCAACAAGACUCCCAGGCGCAAGGUCAGGGAGAGUUCGAAGUAAAGGAGCAGGACAGAUGGCUACCAAUUGCAAAUGUGGCUCGCAUCAUGAAACUAGCUCUACCUGAGAAUGCGAAGAUUGCGAAGGAGGCCAAGGAGUGUAUGCAGGAAUGUGUGAGCGAAUUCAUCUCGUUCAUCACCAGUGAAGCUUCCGACAAAUGUCAGCAGGAGAAGCGUAAAACCGUCAACGGAGAGGAUAUCCUUUUCGCCAUGACCUCACUCGGCUUCGAAAACUACGCAGAGGCACUGAAGAUCUACCUAUCAAAAUACCGCGAGACCCAAUCCGCGAGAGGAGAGCAUCAGAACCGUCCGACCAGCAGUGGGUACAACGCCGGCGGCCCCGUUGGAGGCCCUCCCGGCGCCGGUCCAUCCGGACGGCCAGUUGCACCGACGGGUCCGGGGGCCUUCCCUGAUACCACGGAUGCUGCCAAUAACAUCAUCAACCCAAGCUUGGACCCCUCUGAGCAGGAUGCUUCCGCCUACGGCUACCCUCCCAUGGUCGGCCAAGCCCACAACGGCACUGGCGGUGAUUCCUACUAG